AAUUCCUUCUCACAUUGCAAGUACUUGAAAUUUUUAAUGAUUGGAGACAACCAAUUUAAUGGCAUUCUUCCGAAAUCAUCCUUAACUAAUAUGUCGUUGUCUCUUGAUCGAUUCAUCGCAUUGACAAAAACCUUAGGCACCAUUGGCUACAUGGCACCAGAGUACGGGUCAGAAGGGAUAGUGUCAACUAUGGGAGAUGUUUACAGCUACGGCAUUUUAUUGAUGGAAACCUUCACAAGAAAGAAGCCAGUAGAUGAUGAGUUUGUUGGAGACCUUACAUUGAAGAGUUGGGUCGCGGAGUCAUAUCCUCAUAGAGUCAUGGACAUUGUGGAUGCUAAUUUAUUUUCAACAGAUGAUAACUUUCAUUCUUAUAAUAUGCAUUGCGAGAAGAGAGAAUUAAAUUGUUAUAGUGAAACACUGCCCUUGAG